CGGAGCCCUUUGGGGGACGGACGCGCCGAAGAGGCGCCCGAGAAGCAUGGCGGAGCUCGCCGCGGCCCCGUCUCCACGGCAGCGGCUGGACACGUGCUUGGAGCUUCUGGGCGCCGCCGCGGGUCGCCCCGAGCAGUUCCUCAGUGUCCAGGACGGCCUUGCCGCUGACUUCGUCGCCCUGACCAAAGCGCUCUACGAUUUUCAUCAUGCCCUCCGAGGAGAAGCCGUGGCUGGAAGCCCUUUGGAGCAGCUGGUGGUUGAGAACUUCGACGAGGAACAGAUCUGGCAACAGCUGGAGCUGCAGAACCAGGCCGUCCUGGGGUCCUUGAAGAAAGCGGUCGCGAGAAACGUGGAGGAUGAGGGAAAGGGGUUGCUUUCCCUUCUCCCAGACAUUGAGGAGGAGGAGGAGGAGGAAGAUGAGGUAGGAGAUGGUGAGGAGGACAUGGAUGUGGAGGACCAAGCGGAGAAGGAACCCAGCAGGAGUCACAGUGAAGAAGAAGAAGGGCUUGACCAGAAGAGAAGCGAUCCGGAAGCCUCCAAAAACGGUCCUUUCAGCGACGAGGAUUCUGAGCUGGACUUCGAUAUCGAUAAGUUAGAGCAGCAAACCCAAAAGUCUAAGAGCGUUAGGAAAAAGUGGGGGACGGACUCCCUGGUGGACGACAGGUUUUUCAAACUCUCCGAGAUGGAGGCUGCGUUGGAGGCGGAGGAGAAAGAAGGAGAGAGAGAGAAUGACAGCGAUGGAAUAGAUUACUUCGAAGAGAUUCUCUCUGAAGAUGAUGAUGAGGAGGAGGAGGAGGAGUUCGGAGCAUUGAAGAAGAAGGCAAUUAAAAGUGCUCGCGAGCUUAAAUAUCAAGAUUACUUUGAUCCUGUGGAUGAGAGCAGCAAUCCCCUGGAUGAAAAGGAAGAUGACCAAAAUAGCCAGAGCGGAGAAGGGGGAGAAGAGGAAGAGGAAGGAGGCAGUGCGGAGAGCGCUUCCGAGAGCGCUGAGGACAUGGGUGAAAUGAGACAGACCGAAUGUGGAAAAAGCAAAGACCCUUCAAAAAGAGUGACUUUCUCCUUGCCCUUCGACAGCGACGUAGAAGAGGACACCGUCUUGUUCCAGGAAAAAUCUAGCAAGCCGCCCGAAAUGAAAUCAUCCUUUGAGAAAAGACAGGAAAAGAUGAGCGAAAAAAUAAAAUCCCUGGAAGAGGAGCUGCUGAAGGAGAAGCCAUGGCAACUGAAGGGCGAAAUUGUGGGGCAGAAGAGACCAGAGAACAGCCUCCUGGAGGAAAUGCUGCUGUUUGACCACGCAGUCCGAAUGGCUCCGAUGGUCACAGAAGAAACAACUCUUGAGCUGGAAGAGAUUAUCAAGAGAAGGAUAAAAGAUCAGGCUUGGGACGAUGUUGUCCGUAAAGAAAAACCGAAAGAAGAUCCGUUCGAGUAUAAGAAGCGUUUGACUCUGGAUCAGGAGAAAAGCAAAUUGAGCCUGGCUGAAAUUUAUGAGCAGGAAUAUUUGAAACUGAACCAGAAAAAAACGGAAGAGGAAGAAAAACCGGAGCAUAUCGAAAUACAGAAAAUGAUGGACUCUCUCUUUGUCAAACUGGAUGCCCUGUCCAACUUCCACUUCAUGCCGAAACCACCUGUGCCAGAAGUUAAAAUCGUCUCCAAUCUCCCAGCAAUAACCAUGGAAGAGGUCGCUCCGGUGCACGUUAGCAAUGCUGCCCUUCUGGCACCUGAGGAAAUCAAGGAGAAGAACAAAGGGGGCGAUGUGAAAACCGAUGCUGAGAAGACGCCCACCGAUAAGAAACGGGAUCGCAGGAAGAAGAAGCUGAUGAAACGUGUGAAGCUGAAGGAGAAGGAGAGGCGGCAGAAGCUUCUGGAAAAGAAAUCGGAACCCGGCGCCAAGCUCAGCAAAAAAGCCUCUGAGGCCCAGUUGAAAAAGCUGACCCAGGAACGAGGCACCUCGUUGCUUAAGGAUGACGGCCGAGACAAAGCUUUGAAGUCCUCCAAGGCUUUCUUUUCUCAGCUACAAGAUCAAGUGAAAAUGCAAAUGAAAGAGGCGAGGAAAAGCCAGAAGAGACCAAAGAAGCAGGAUCUCUCUGCCCAGAAGCUAAAGCUGUGAUAAAUUAUGCAUCCCCUGCUUUGGUAUAAAUUAAAAUACCAAAAGGGGUGGGUUUUUAAAAAAAAAAAAUUCUUAAUUUAAUAUUGUGCUUUGAAUUAAACUGUUGAUAAUCCCC